AAGAGUCUUGUUGACUUGUUGUUUGAACACAACAUGCCUCCAUAUAGGGCUCAAAAUGGGUGGAGUCCAGAUGCUUGGAAUAAAAUAGUUUCUGAAUUCCACAAGAAGCAUGAAUAUGUUACAUUCAACAAGAUCCAAAUUCAGGAAAAGGAGAGGGAAUUGAAAAGGGAAUACAAGAUAUUGAAGGAGGCAAGAAAACAAAGUGGAGUUUCUUGGAAUGAAAAAAGAUGCAUGAUCAUUGCUGAACCAACGAUAUGGGACAACAUUAUCACUACAUUUCCUAGAGCUAAGAAGUUCCGCAAGAAGUCUUUUCCUCUCUUUGAUGCCUUGGGUGAAUUAUAUGAUGGUCACAUCGCACAAGGGACUUGGAACAUUACCUCUACUCAACCAGUACAAAAUUCUAAUGAUGGAGAGCAACUAAAAACCAUAGAAGUGGAAGAUGAAGAUACUAAUGAACCAGAAGAAGAUGCAAGAAUAGAACAAGAUGAAGAUAUAGUAAUUGUUGAAAGGGUUGAACAGAGGUUACCUAAAAGGUCAGGUGCACCAACUGUCAAUCAAGAGAAGGAGACAAAAAGAGUGAGGAAAGAUGCACUAGAAGGGCUGAUAGGGAGGUACCUUGAUGUGAAAACGAAGCAAGUUGCAGAUGAGGCUGCACAAUCAGCAAAAGUAAAGGAUGUUGCUCAAGAUAAUGAUUUUUCUAUCAAGAGGUGUAUUUCUGUUCUUAAGACUAUGGAUAUGACAAGAGAUGAGAAGGUCAAAGCAGCUGAGGUGUUCAACAUACCAAAUUACAGGGAAACAUUUAUUUGUUUCAAUGAUGAUGAGCCAGAAGUCGCUCUCCUUUGGCUAAGAGGGAAGAUGGAUAAACUCUAA